AUGUCGCCGUCGCCGUCCCUCCUGCUUGCCUCCACUACCAGGUCCUCCCGCUCGCCGGCGCCUCCUCCCCAGCCGCGCUGGUCCGCGCCCCCGCUCGUCUCCUUCCCCGCGAGCCGCACCCGCCUCGUCGGCCUCCGUCUCGCGCGCGCGGCCGGCCCCAACGGCGCCAACGGCGCCGCCUCUGCCUCCCCCGGGGAUGGCGGCGCCGGCAACGGUCUGCCGAAGAACCGGAGGGAUAUUCUCCUGGAAUACGUACGAAGUGUCCAACCAGAGUUUAUGGAGCUCUUUGUGAAAAGAGCCCCAACACAGGUUGUCGAUGCCAUGCGCCAUACGGUGACUAAUAUGGUUGGGACUCUUCCGCCUCAGUUUUUUGCUGUAACUGUCACAACGGUUGCUGAAAAUCUGGCUCAGCUUAUGUACAGUGUUUUGAUGACUGGAUACAUGUUCAGGAAUGCGCAGUACCGUCUGGAGUUGCAACAGAGUUUGGAGCAGAUUGCUCUUCCUGAACCGAAAGAAGAAAAGGGUUCAGAAGAUUACGCUCCUGGAACCCAGAAAAAGGUAAGUGGGGAAGUGAUCCGAUGGAACAAGGCGACAGGACCAGAAAAAAUCGAUGCUGUGAAAUAUAUUGAGUUGCUCGAAGCGGAAAUCGAUGAACUGAGCCGUCAAGUCGCUAGGAAAUCGUCUCAAGGGAGCAAUGAAAUCUUGGAAUAUCUAAAAACUCUAGAACCACAGAAUUUGAAGGAACUUGCGAGCAGUGCAGGCGAGGACGUCGUAUUUGCCAUGAACGCGUUCAUAAAGCGCCUUUUGGCUGUCUCAGACCCCAAGCAGAUGAAGACAGCGGUCACGGAGACGAGCGGCAGCCAGCUGGCGAACCUGCUGUUCUGGCUGAUGAUUGUCGGGUACAGCAUGCGCAACAUCGAGGUCCGGUUCGACAUGGAGAGGGUGCUAGGCGCUGCCCCGAAGAUCGGCGGUGAGCUGCCACCUCCACCCAGUGGAGACGGCACACCAACGCAAUAGCAAGCUAGAGCCCGCAGAGUCUGGGUGGAGAUAUGAGUAGGUUGAGAGCUUUUUUUGGUGUAUUGAUGGAGAUUCCUUGCUUUGUUUUAGAGAUUGACACUGGCCCGAGGACAGAAAGUUUACUACUACACAUAUUUUUGGGGUAUGCACACACUAGUGGAAACAACAAAUGUUGUCCAAUUGUAUUUUACAACUAGAAUAUUUGUCUUUAAUAAAGUUGAAAUUUGGAACCAACAAA